UAUUAUCUCAAGGAAUCAUUAACAAAGAUCAGCCAAUAGCAUACGCAUCUCGUACACUGAGCGAUAACGAAUUAAAGUACGAUACCUACGAAAAGGAAGCAUUAGCAAUUAUACAUUGCGUCAAACAUUUCAGACCAUAUCUAUACGGAAGAAAGUUCACACUUGUAACAGAUCACAAACCCUUAAUGUGGUUCAAAAACGCUCAGGAUGCGAACAUGCGAAUCCUUCGCUGGAGACUAAAAUUAGCAGAAUACGAAUACGAAGUAGUCUAUAAGUCCGGUAGAACAAAUGUAAACGCAGACGCCUUAUCACGAAAUCCGGUAGACUUAUCAUCAGAAGUUUGUAAAAUAAUUAAUCCUAAAAUUAAAUUGAAUCCAACCGAUCCAAAAGAUGUAGAGAUUAUACGACAAUUACUCGAGAAAGAAGAUACUGAAGAAUCAGAAGACGAAGACAUUCCUCAUACAUACGUACAUGAUGAUCACCCACUGUCCGAAAUUCCUCCCUCAGAAAUUACAUCAUUUAAUCCGGAAGAAUUAGCAGAUUCUUCGACAGGUGAAACAAUAGAAGCGCUUGCCCACGUGCCUGAAACCACCGAUCCAGAGGACAAAAAGCAGGUAGACAAAAUCGAGACUCAACGGCCUAUGUUGACCCGCAGUAGAGCUAAACAAAAAAUGCAGACAAUCACGCCUGACAAAGACAUAAACUUAAAGAGACACAACAUACCACCGAGACCGCUACCCAUGGAUACCAACGAGGAAAGUGAAGACGAAUUGCCCACUAUAAUCACAAGAAAACCACGCAUAAUCGAUAUUCAAACUAGAGCAAACAACCUUGUUGAAUCCAGGGAUCUGCACUUUUUACUCAAGGAUAACCUGUUAUAUUUUACUGACAUUUUGGGAAAUCCCUUAGACUCUGGUGCCCGUAAAUUAUUUGAACGACAGGAAAUACCUAAGUUAACAGGAUUGUCCCUGGGAAUUGCAAAACUGAUUAAAAGAUACCAAAGAUAUCAUAUUAUAUUACCCAUUAGCGAAGAUCAGCAAGAAGGACCUACCAGGAUUUUGAAUAAUAUAUACCAAGGAAUCACCAAUUUGCGAAAAAUAGCAGAGAAUCUGAAACUCUCAAGCAUAAGUGUCGCUAAAAGCGAACACAUACUAAACGUUCCUUGGAACGAUAUUAAAACUAAAUUUCAGACAGGAUUUUUUGGCUCAGAUGUGCGGAUAAUCUUCUGCAAUGGACUAAUCAAGUACCCACCUAGGGAUAUACGAUUCGCAAUCCUUCAAGAAAUGCACAGUACACCGGUAGGAGGACAUAGAGGAGUUACCAAAACUUACAAUAGGAUACGUCAAAACUACUACUGGGAACAUCUGAAGGAAGAUGUUCGGCAAUAUAUUCGACAGUGUCUACAAUGUCAACUGAAGAAAUUAGUUCGAGUAAAAACCAAGCAACCAAUGAUAAUAACCGACACUCCAGGAUGGACGUUCGAUAAAAUCGCCAUGGAUAUAGUUGGACCACUACCACGAACUAAGAGCUGUACUCACCGAUCAAGGACGAAAUUUCAUUAGCGACCUGAUGAAAAAAUUAGCAAGAUAUUACAAAAUACGGAAAUUUAGGACCACUGCAUUUCAUCCUCAAUCAAAUGGGUCCUUAGAAAGAUCUCAUCACGCACUAGGAGAAUAUCUAAAGCAAUAUGUUAAUAGCGAAAAGGAAUGGGACGAAUGGAUAGACUUGGCUAUGCAAAA